CGGCCUGGCAUCAGCCUCUCACUUGGUCUCCUUACAGUAACUCAAGGCCAGUCAACCAUUAAUACGCGCCUCAAAGAGGGCAUAUUGGACAAAUCAGGGCGCGUUAAUUUCGAGAAGAAUGUGCCUGUUAAUCAAUCAGUGAGAUAUCGGGGUCUGAUUUAGGAGAGAUGGGGCCCUUUCUCCAACUGCAUUACCUUUAUGAAGCAUCUCUGCUCAGACACCGAAACCGUUGAAAUUCUUUCCUACGUCUGUGGAGGAGAAGAACCAUCUCAUUCUCACGUUUUACCACCGGAUUUGCGCCAGUUGUAUCGAGACAACCUUUCGUUGAAUUUGGAGCCAGAAAUUGAGUUCCGAGAGCUUAUCCAUACUAUACGAAGGCCAUUACAGCAAAAUGACAACGAAAUUUGUCAACACCGUGAUGCCUUGGAACGUCUUGAACAGAGACGCCAAUAUCUCCAAGCUUUCUUGGACCAAAGUAAUGCCUUCCUCUCCCCAAUCAGAAGCGUGCCAACCGAGAUCCUCUUCCUCGUUUUCGACUAUCUGUGCUCAAACAUUGGAUUCAGCGAUAGAGCGCAACCCCUUGUUCUUGCUUCCGUGUGUUACAGGUGGCGCAGCGUCGCAGUUUCCUAUCCUAAGAUUUGGACAUAUAUCAAUACUCCAAGAAAUUCUCCCUACGCGGAUGAACGUACUCGAGCUUUUGUGCAGCUCUACCUCGAUCGUUCGCAGGACAUGCCUAUCCGGCUCCAUGUUAGUGACUUUCCAUACGGGUCACCGGAUGCCACCUUGCUCUCCAUGCUUGCAACGCAUUCCCACCGAUGGUUCAGAGCAACGCUCUCCCUCACUACUGAAGGAUACUACAUACUCUUUCAUGCUCUCAAGGGCCGGUCUUUGACCAAUCUUCGAAAAUUCAAGCUAUACGGGCCCAGUCUUGACGGCAUCCCUGAUUCCUUUCAGUGUGACGCCCUGAUGACGGCGUGCAAAUUGAAUAGUCUGACAUUUCAAAAGGCGAUAGAGCAUCCUCAGAACCCCGGACUUCCCCUUGAAAGGAUCAGAAUGCUUAGCUUGAUUGAUCACGACAAUCCAGCCAGCAUUCUUCGAUGUAUUGCUCAAACCAUAAAUCUCAGACACAUCCGAAUCACUGCUACAAGCAAUGGCCAAAGCAGAGGGCUGCUUCCAGCGCCUGUCGUUGCAGCCAAAGCUCUGUCUUUCUCUCAGCUCCCACGCUGCAGGACUUGAAGGUGGCACUUCCAUUGCCGGAAGAGUGCCCUAUGGGAUGUAGUCUGAAGCUGAACGGAAAUUUUAAUCUAAAACCGAUUUCUGAAUUCAUCAUCCGGUCGGUGUGCCAGCUCAAGUCUCUUCGCAUUGAGAACAUCAAUGUCAACGAAGGCGAGCUCUUACAGGUCCUCGAGAACUUCCCCACCAUCACCACUCUUAUUCUUCAUGAACUUUACCCGGGCGUAAACAUCCCAUCUCCUAGCGUCUUGACUCCUCGAAGGUGGAUAAUCGAGAAGC